AAAUUUGGGAAGCAUGGACUGGUCAAAGCUAAACCAACUGUUAGGAGCCUUGCUGCGCCUGUAAGAAUGAAUGAUGGAAUGGAUGAGGAAGUUCCAAAGAAGAAGCCUGAGCCCAUGGAUGGUCCUGUGCUGUCUGAACGUGAUCGAGCUAAGCUAGAAAGGAGAAAGAGGAAGGAGGAGCGCCAAAGAGAGGCUCAAUACCAGAUGCAUCUAGCAGAAAUGGAGGCUGCUAGAGCUGGUAUGCCUGUUGUUUGUGUGAAUCAUGAAGCUGGUGGACCAGCUGUCAGGGAUAUUCAUAUGGAGAACUUCAACAUCUCAGUCGGUGGUCGUGAUCUCAUUGUAGAUGGUACAAUUACACUAUCUUUUGGAAGGCACUAUGGCCUUGUUGGAAGAAAUGGUACAGGGAAAACAACUUUCCUAAGGUACAUGGCUAUGCAUGCCAUUGAUGGUAUUCCUUCUAAUUGUCAGAUAUUACAUGUUGAGCAAGAAGUUGCUGGUGAUAAUACAACAGCCUUGCAAUGUGUCCUUAAUGCUGAUAUCGAGAGAACCCAGCUUUUGGAAGAAGAAGCUCGCUUGCUAGCCCAACAGAGGGACUUGGAGUUUGAAGGUGUAACUGCAAAAAGUGAAGGGGAUUUGAAAGGGGGAAUAGACAAAGAUGCUAUUACACAAAGGCUUCAGGAAAUAUACAAAAGGCUUGAGCUCAUUGAUGCUGACUCUGCUGAGGCUCGUGCAGCUUCCAUCCUUGCUGUAAGUACUUGA